GCAGCGAGUGGCAUCGACCCCGCCCCCAGCCCGUGCUCGCCGGUGUCGGGUCCUAAGUCCCUCAGUCUUGGGUUCCCAGAGAGGUGAGUCGGCUGCAGGUGGGUGCGGGGCGCCGGGCUGCUCGGGGUACCGGUGUCGCAGUCGCCAGUCCGAGCUCACACCGGGCGUGGAGUUCAGCUGCGCAUCGGGUUGCGGCAGCUUCGCCAGGCCUGGGGCUGGCUGGGCCGCGGGGCCGCCCUGGAGGCCGGAGCCACUGGGCCUGCGGCGCCUCGGCAGCGAGCAGCCGCUUUGCUCGCGUGCAGGAGGCUGUUCGCUACCUCACACCCCCGGCUGGCGCUGUGGCCUCGCUUAGCUCUACCGUUUAGCACCCGGCGACAUGCACCCGGUCGGUCUCCGCCAGGAUGCGGGAGAGUUCGGGCAAGCUACCUGUGACAGCUUGAACUUUUCCUAGGGAUUCCGCUCCACCCGCCGGUUAGAGCGUAUUGCUCAUUAAACCCGAGACCUGUGUGCUCGCUACUGAAAUAAAAGAAGCAUUUUUUCCCCAGAGUCCUUUUAGGACGUUAUGACUUUUCUCCUUUGCAAGACUGCAAAAAACUGACAAGAAGACAAAACUCUUCCCACUCCCAGGGACCGCGUUGUCUUGAGUUUGGCUAGUAAAGUCUAGCAAGUGAGGCCUUGUCUCUGCAUCCCGUUCCCCCUAACAUCCUCAGAGAACCUUCGUUUCUAGAAUCUUUCUAGUAUUCAGAGACUUCUCCAGGGUCAUGAUCCCAAAGGCUUAACCCGUUUACAAGGAGAGAGUUGUCUCCUGACGCCCAAAAUGGCAGCUAAAAUGGAGAUAACUUUAAGCUCCAACACUGAAGCUUCCUCCAAGCAAGAGAGACACAUAAUAGCCAAACUAGAAGAGAAACCGGGGCCUACUCUGCAAAAAAACUGCCCAGAUCCUGAGCUCUGCCGCCAGAGCUUCAGACGCUUUUGUUAUCAAGAGGUGUCUGGACCCCAAGAGGCGCUCUCCCAGCUCCGACAGCUCUGCCGUCAGUGGUUGCAACCCGAGCUGCACACCAAGGAGCAGAUUUUGGAGCUUCUGGUGAUGGAGCAGUUCCUGACCAUCCUGCCCCCGGAGAUCCAGGCUCGGGUCAGGCAUCAAUGUCCAAUGAGCAGCAAGGAGAUUGUGACCCUCGUGGAAGAUUUUCACAGAGCAUCCAAGAAACCAAAGCAGUGGGUGGCCGUUUGUAUGCAGGGGCAAAAGGUGCUCUUGGAGAAAACUGGAUCUCAGCUUGGAGAACAGGAACUGCCAGACUUUCAACUGCAGACUCCUAGGAGAGAUCUCAGGGAGAGCUCUCCAGCAGAGCCUUCCCAGACAGGAGCUUAUGACCGGCUGAGCCCCCAUCAUUGGGAGAAAUCCCCACUCCUCCAAGAACCAACCCCCAAAUUGGCUGGGACAGAACUUCUUAUAGAAAAGACAGAUCCAAAUAUGGCCACAGAUGAACUUCCAUGCAAGCUAUGGCUGAGUUUCAUUGCUUAAAAUGCUUCUCUGUUUAGAGCGGCCUGGUAGAAAAAAAAAAACCCACCCUAUAUCGUAUAUCUUUGUCCUCCUCUGUGAUGUUGCUUGUACUUUAGAUCCUCAAAUCGAUUUCCCUUUCUCUGGUGUGAUACUUGUGUAACUGCUGGCCUUGUUCUACACAGUCCUGUGAUCUCUAAGCCUGAAUGACAGUGACAUUUUGGCCAAGCCUGGUGAUGUGAAUACAAGAUACAGUGAGCACGUUAGGGAGGAGGGUUACAAGAAGACAAAAAUCCUCAGUUUCUUAAUAUGUGCUACAUCCAAUGAGGUACUUCGUGUUUUAGUCUGUUCAGGCUGCUAAUAUAAAAUGCUAGAGACUAAGUAGUUUAUAAACAACAGGAGUUUAUUUCUCACAGUUCUAGAGGCUAGGAAGUCUGAGUUCAAGGUGCCAGCAUGGUUGGGUUCCAGUGAGGCCCCUCUUCCAGGUCACAAACUGCCUACUUCUCAGUCCUCAUGUGGCAGAAGGGGAAGACAGGCUCCCGUGGGGCUCUUUCAUGAAGGCACUAAUCCCAUUCCAGUGAGGGCAGCACCCUCAUGACCUAAUAACCUCCCAAAGGCCCCAUGUCCUAACACUAUUACCUUGGGAGUUAGAAUUUCAUAUGAAUUUGGAGGAACAUAAACAUUUAGCCCCUGGCAACCACAGUCUACUUUUUGUCUCUAGAUUUGCUUAUUCUGAACAUUUUAUACAAAUGGAAUCACACAGGCCGGGCACAGUGGCUCACGCCUGUAAUCCCAGCACUUUGGGAGGCCGAGGCAGGCGGAUCACUUAGGCUCAGGAGUUCGAGACCAGCCUGGGCAACAUGGCGAAAUCCUGUCUCUACAAAAAAUGCAAAAAUUAGCGGGGCAUGGUGCUGCACACCUGUAAUCCCAGCUGCUUGGGGGAGCUGAGGCAGGAGGAUCACUUCAACCUGGGAGGUCGAGGCUGCAGUGAACUGAGAUCGUGCCACUGCACUCCAGGCUAUGUGACAAAGUAAGACCCUGUCUCAAAAAUAAAUAAAUAAAUAAAUAAAUUGAAUCACACAA